AGUUAUCACCGUUUCUCAUGUAAACUAAGAUGGUCCCCACACAGCUACUGUGAAAAUGAAAAAGUAAACCGUAGCCAGGUGGAAGGGAAAAACAUCGACGGCAGAAGAGUAAAUCAGCACUCCAGUAAAAUUCAAGAUGUAGUGAAGAAGGAUUGGUUUAAGCCAACUAGUACUUCUAUGGCUCAGCUUGAACAGGUGAAAACUACAAUUUACAAUCUGGGACUUCAUGAUCCUCGUGAACUCCGUGCUACAAAAGGAAGAACACUGGCAGCUGCACCACACAACACAUUUAGGGACCUAUGCACUGAACCUCCACUGUCCUCAAUCUCCUAUCAACACACAGCAUGGGGAAGCAACAGUUCUAUUCCUGAAAUGAUCAAGAAAUUUGGAGAGACAGGAGCAGGAUUGGGCAGGCCAUCUAGUGCAAAAGCAACAUCCGUCAACCACCCACCUCGCAAACUGAAAAUUCGUCCUCAGUCUGCUAAAGACCCAUUAUGUCCUAAUGGGAAGAAGACACUUCCAAUAGGUGUGAAAGGGAACCACUUUGAGCCAGGUGAGAGGUUAGCCAAAGACAUUCUGCCUCAUGCUUUCAUCUCUGGAUGGGCCGAUGCUCCUGCUGGAUUUCAUUUGGAUUUCUCACAGGAUCAAGCUGAUGAAAAACUGGAUGCUACUGGUGAUGCACACAACAAACAUUCCAGUCAAAGCAGCUUUUUGCCAUCAACUCCUGCAUCUUCUCCCCGGCAGCUUGAUGAUUAUAGUCCUUCACCAUCAGAAAAAGAUGAAGAAAAGAAGACAUCCUCAUUUGGAAUCUCCUUGUCUCUGUACAUGCCCAGUGCUGAAGAUAAUGAGAAUACAGAUGAACCAGACACUGGAAGAUUGUUAAAAAAAGCAGACAGCUUUGUGGAAGAUCACAGGAAAAGAAGUGCAGCCAAGAUUAAAUUGUUUACUGCAAAUGCAGACAUUACACCUGGAAAGACGAGUGAGAAGCAUGUAGAAAAAACAUUUGUGCAAACAGGCACAGGGACUAAUUUUGUACCUCCUGAGAUUACUGAUAAUAGAGUAUCUUUUGAAAAAGUACAGGAUGUCCUUGUCUUUGAAGACAGCAAAACAAAUACUAAUGAAGUUGAUUCUCACCUGCAUACAGUUAUCAGGGAACAAGAGGAGAGAGCCUGGGAUGAUCAGACAGCCCUUGACAACAGUAAAACAUGUAUACUAACAGAAGAAAUGUUAAUUAAUGACUUUGAAACAGAGAAAAAUUUGGCAACAGGUGAUUAUGAAACAUUGCCCACAAAGGAUGGCCAUGAGCUGGAAUAUCUUGGCCCACAAAAAAAUGACAGAAAGCCUAAGAUACAUCCCAUUUUUCUUGAAAGUGAGGGCAUAAGUAAAGCUCACAUGGAUCAAGAAAAAUCUGCCCAGUUAGAUAAGAACACUGCAACUGGCAGUCGAACAGUGGUUCAAAUUUGUGAGGAGAAGAAUGUGAUGGUGGACAUAACACCACGAAACCUUGGUCGCAAACUUCCGGACAAAUCUCUGUACAGGAAAAUACUUCAGAGGAAACACCAAGGAGGUGAUGGACAAACUGCUGAGAACAUGAGUGAUAAAAGUUCACACCUUUCAGGUCAAAGGUCAGAAAGUGAACCAACCCUGGAAAUUAUGGCGACUAGAGUUAAAAAUAACAGAAUGAUGGAUGCAAGGUUAGGCAACCCUGCUCCGACCAUUACGGUAGUUUAUGAUGAUGGUGAUAAUGAUGAAAGCAGAAGAAUAAGCAAUAUCCGAUCAUCUGACAAGGUGAAAAAACAAAGGCAGAAAGGUGUCAAAGAAAAGGACAUUGUCACAAUGGUGUCUGAAGUUGGCCCCGAUAGUGUGGAGGAUAUUAAGAAAGACAGCUUGUGGCAAUGGUGAUCCUUUUGUUGAUGCUUCAGGAGUCU